UCGAGUGAAGCGGGAUUUCAAAAGAACGAACACAAAAAAUUAAAUAGAUUAUUUCUCUUAUAUAAUUUGAAUAAUUUCAACAACAAAUGUGUAAUGGAUCAAGGGAGAGGCAAAACUCCACGCAAGAGGGCCGCCACACAGCAGCAAGAUCCUGUAGAGGUCUACUGUCGAGUGCGACCUCUCGAGAAUCCAGGUUCUGAGAUGUGCGUCAAGGUUCUGCACGAAAAGUGCAUCCGCCUCAUCCCACCUGAGAACUCUGUUGUUAGAAAUGGACAAGUCAAAGAGAUGCAGUAUUCGUUUGAACAUGUGUUUGAUGAGUAUACGUCACAGAAGGCCGUCUUUGACUACAUUGCUCUGCCCCUGGUGGAAGAUCUACUCCACGGAAAAAAUGGUCUGCUGUUUACGUACGGCAUCACAUCGUCGGGCAAGACAUACACAAUGACCGGUCACCCGCAGGACCAGGGCAUCAUGCCGCGGUGUCUGGACGUUCUCUUUAACAGCAUCAAGAGUAUGCAGGCCAAGAAAUAUGUUUUUAAGCCAGACCGAAUGAAUGGCUUUGAGGUACAGACCGAGGCGGAUGCCAUGCUGGAACGACAGCAGCGUGAGAUUUUGCCAUCGCUGACACCAAAAACACCAGGCACCCCCAGAAAUAAAGACCGGGGCGAGGUGGUGGGCGAGACUUCUCGCAUUCCUGACAUGUCGACUGUUGGCGACGUCGAGGAAGACAACUGCUACGCCGUGUUUGUGUCGUACAUCGAGAUCUAUAACAAUGUCGUCUACGAUUUGCUGGAGGAACUCCCCUUCGACACAAUUACCGGCUACAAGCCUCCCCAGUCUAAAAUUCUCCGUAAAGAUGGCACGGAUAACAUGUACGUUCACAACUGCGUGGAGGUGGAAGUCAAGUGUCCUGACGACGCAUUUGAGGUCUUCUACAAAGGACAGAAGAGAAGGAAAGUGGCUCACACCACUUUGAAUGCCGAGUCGAGUCGGAGUCAUAGCGUGUUCACGAUCCGUGUGGCACAGGCCCCACUCGAUCCUCGUGGAGAGGAGGCUCUACAGGACUCUAAUAAGAUAGUUGUGAGUCAGUUGUCGCUGGUCGACCUGGCGGGCAGUGAGCGUACGAAGAGAACACAGAACCAGGGAGACCGACUCAAAGAGGCCGGAAAUAUUAACCAGACAUUGAUGGUUUUGCGGUCGUGUAUUGAAAUGCUUCGAGACAACCAGAAGAACAACACAAAUAAGAUGGUCCCGUACAGAGACUCCAAGGUGACGCAUCUCUUCAAGAACUUCUUCGACGGCGAGGGUAAAGUGCGGAUGAUUCUGUGCAUCAAUCCAAAGGCAGAGGAGUUUGACGAAACUUUUCACGUCAUGAAGUUUGGCAAGCUCACGCAGGAAGUUCUCGUUGCCAGGCAACAGCAGAUUGAGUUUGACACAGGCUUCACCCCAGGCCGCCGAAAGCUGAAUCAGAAAUUCAAAGAGGUCAUGGAUUAUAACGCAAAAAUGGAAAGUGAAAUGGAACCGCCUCCACCGACUAUUGAAUACUCUCUAGGUCCAGCGUUUCCGCCACUCGAGCUGCUGAGUUCUGCUGACGACGUGACUCUUCACACUCUCGAGCUCUAUCUAGAGGAUCGUGAACGCCGACGACAGAUGCUGUUAAUAGAUCAGAAUAGACGAGAGGACGAGUUCCGUGCUGAUUUGGUAGAGUUUGAGAAGCAGUACAUGGAGAUGAAAGUGAGGCUUGAGGAGUUGGAGCCAGCCGUCGACAAGCGUGAGAAGGACUUACAAAGGCUGGAGGCGCGGAACCGGUCGCUGGAGAAGAAGAACGAAGAGCUGUCUCGCGCCAUGAGGGACAUGGAUAGAGCACAGCAGACUCUCGGACUGAAGCUGCAAGAUAAGAACUGGAAGAUUGACACCGAGCGACGAGAGAAGGAACGGAUGAAGGCUGACUUCCGAACGAGACUCGACAUGAAUAACCAGCAGUGGGAAAGAAACCUGGAAAAAGAAAAGCGCAAGCUUGCGGUGCAGGCUGGAGCAGAAAUCAAGGAGCGAGACCUAAAGCUGAAAAUGCUCGGCAACAUAGCGAACGAUACGAAGACCCCGCGGCGUCCGGCGCCCAAACCUCGGACGUACACCGCUCCAGGGGUGAUAACUCCCGCCAGGUCAGACACGGACGUGUCAUCGGUCGGCUACAAUCCGAGAACAACACGAGCCAUGGCCGGAAAGAUCGCGUCCGCUCGCUCGAUGCAAGGCUUGAACAACAUUGCCAGCAGUUCCGUCAGCUCAUAUAGUGCGAGAACUGUCACUCCGAGAGUGCCCGUGGUUAACCCUCGCUAUCACAGACGUUCCAAGUCCUCAUCCAACGCAGAGUGGCUCGAUCACAGACCAACAGGAAACGUCGAACUUGGAACAGUUCUUCAACCGAAAAUGACGAAAAAGCGAUCGGUGUCAAAGCUGGAGGUCAAGGACACAAAGAACGUCUCCAAGUAUUGUCUGACCCACCAGGAGGCCGACACAGACGGAGAGAUUGAAACUAAACUCAUCAAGGGUGAUGUUGUGAAGACUUCAGCUGGUGGGAGGUCCAUCAUCUUCAACGAUGUGGAGACUCUGAAACAGACCUCGCCGGGGACCCGUAAACGGAGAAGUUCCUGCCCGCAGCCCCAGGACUUUGACGGGGAGUGGACCGACACCGAAUCGCGGUGCUCCAUAGCCAUUGAGGGACAUUUCAAGAAAACGAAAUCAUCCAUGGUGUGAGAAGAUUUUAAAGUACUUCUGUUAUCCAUAUUCAGUCUUUCAUCCCAGCGAUACUAGGACAUAUCAUCACAGCUGGACAUAUAUCGCAUAUUUGUCACAAACAGUGUAUUCUUGUCAUCUGCACGGAAGCAAACAUGACUGAAACGUCAGCGCCACAGUGGUUCUGUAUUUAGAUUGAAACUGUAAUUUGGUAGUCAGCCCUUUUCUUUUCACUCUGUACAAAAUGCAAAAGUACAUGCACCUCAAAGCAACCCACCCCCCACCCCCACCCCUACCCCUUCAAAAAAAGAUGAAAACUCAAAAAUACCAGUAAUAGAAAGAAAAAAAAUAUAUAUAUAUUACUUAUUUAUUUUUAUAAUUUUGAAGAACAUUCCAGGUUUAUAUGAGACACAGAACAAAAUGGUUUUUGGAAAUGGAAAUUUGACCAGCCAAUACACACAAAUGAGUCAAAUUACUAAUGUGACAUGGCACAACACGUAUACGUGGACCAGUUACAACAGGUUGUCAAUUUAGCAGAUUUACAUAUAAAUCUCAGAGUUUUCAUUAGAAGCAUAAGAUUAUAUACUGGAAGCCCAAAAUAUCUGUAGUGGUUUAUUUUUAUAAUUCUGUCGAAUUACUUUAAAAAAAAAAAAAAAAAAUCAAUAUCUGCUAUUUUUGUUAACAAUUAUAGUUAAGAAUACUGCUUUCAAGAGGUGAGUGCAUGGGUAUAGCUCCAAAACAUUUGCUCCUUGAUGUAGUGAAACUCCAGACAAAUGCAAAGACCUAAUCAUUGAUUUAAAACAUAAACGGGGCACAAUAUUUCACGAGAACCGUUGUUCUGUUCGCGUGUCGGUUACGCAACUUUGAAAUCACGAGAACUGCCAAUCGUUUACGUGGUAAACAUUACAUUCUAAAAUUAAAAGUACGAUAUAUCAGUAAUGAAAGAGAAUAUCAGUUUACUUUUAAAUACAUUUGAACCACCAAAGUAGCACAGGACCGUAGUGUUUUAGGAUUAGGUAGGCCUAACUCAUCGGUUACGAGAACUACAUUCACGUAACCGAACAAUCGGGUUACCUAAGUAAAACUUACUUGAACUAACUUCCGGUUACCUAAGAGUUUCGAAAUAUUGUCCACUGCAUAAAGGAGUCACAUAUUUUACACUGGCUAUUAUUCUCUUGCUGUAGACCUGUGGUUUUAGUUCAGGCAAAACUGAUCACCUGUCCAUAAAGGACAGGAUGGUGGGUUACAA